AUGCACGUGUUUGGCCAUGACACUCUCUCAAACCACCACAACGAUGUUCUCUUCAUUCUUUUCCGCUGCCGACCCCAAGGCCCAGAACUUCCAUCCGGCCGUAACUCCAAGACUCCAGCAGGCGAGCUCUUUAGCAAGCUAGAGCCCAAAGACACCGAAUGGACGUGCGCUGGCGGGUUUGUUACCGAGACGCAGACGUGGUACAACUUUCUGGAGGAUGGCACGUUGAUCUGGUGUCAAAUCAUCCACUCGGCCGUUGGACUGUGGUAUCCCCAAAUUCAGUUCACGUGCAGGGUAUUCAAUCCCGCGACCAAGGAAACGACAUGGAAGUCGAUCAAUGUUACCAAUUUUGUCACUCCACCUCCGGGCAAAGACAAGCGGUCUUCUAAAGCUGAUCAAUUUACAGUCACCCAUGGCGUCGGGUCCGGGGAAUUCGCAGAGCAGUACACGAUCAACGCGAAUCUCGAAAAUGAUCUCCAGCUCGCAUUGACGAUCUCUCGGCCUUCCAGUGCCGAGGGCUUCAAGGUCGGUCGCGGAGAAUCGUUCUUCGGACCAGACGUGAGCAAGCCAGAGGGCUAUGUCGUGCAUCGCUUCUGGCCACGCACCAAGUGUGCUGGACAUAUUAUCAAGUCGGGUCAAGCGAUCGAAGCCAACGGCGUCGGGAUGUUUGUUCACGCGAUCCAGGGCAUGAGGCCGAACCUUGUCGCGGCCCGAUGGAACUUUGCGAAUUUCCAAAGCAAGGACGAGCAAGUCAGCGCGAUCCAGAUGGAGUUUACCACGAUUGGAGCCUAUGGUCGAGAAGGUGCGGGGUCAGGUGGGGUCAGUGUGAACGUGGGUGGAGUCGUUGUCGGUGGCAAAUUGAUUGCCGUUACGGGCGAGACGGCCUGGACUGGCGAGACUCUUGCUGCCGAUGCCCCUGUGCAGAGCCGUGCGGUUCAUCUUGGGCGUGUGUCCGAUCCUGAGACUGGGUACAAGCAACCGAGCCAGAUUGUGUAUACCUGGCAAGCACCAGGUAUUGGUAAUGUGGCCCCAGUCAAGGCCGAGAUCACCUCAGAUGUGGGGACUCCCGAUGCGCCCAAGGUGGUUGAACCCGAGUACACUCUCGGUGACGGGCCCCGAGUCGCUCGUGCCUGGUGGAUCCAAGACUAUCACGGUACACUCUACAACGAGGCCACUUUUAUUUCCGAGUCGGACUAG